AUGCUGCUCAAUUCUGCCCCGGUUGUGAUCGAUAAUGGGUCUGGACUGUGCAAAGCCGGCUUUGCUGGUGAAGAUAGCCCUAUCAGCGUGUUUCCCAGCAUCAUCGGCCGUCCCAAGAAUCCACAAAUGAUGGUGGGAAUAAACCAGCAGGACCAUUAUGUAGGCGAUGAAGCCCAAAAGAUGCGAGGAAUUCUCACCCUACAGUAUCCCAUCGAAUAUGGAGUUGUGAAAAAUUGGGAUGACAUGGAGAAAAUUUGGGAUUACACCUUUAAAAACGAGCUUCGUGUGCGACCCGAAGACCAGGCUGUUCUCCUAACUGAAGCUCCUCUGAAUCCUAGAAACAAUCGAGAAAAGAUGGUAGAAGUUAUGUUUGAGAAGUUCAAUGUUCCUGGCCUGUAUAUUGCCAUCCAAGCUGUCCUUGCUCUUUACGCUUCCGGAAGAACUACUGGGGUAGUUAUGGACGUCGGAGACGGAGCCACGCAUCUGGUCCCCAUUUAUGAAGGACAUGGACUCCAGCACGCUGUCACUCGUCUAAAUCUUGCCGGUAGAGACCUAACCGACUACUUCAAGACCCUCCUCCUCAAACGUGGUUACAGCCUUGUUUCUUCGGCUGAAAUGGAAGUAGUGCGCGACAUGAAGGAGCGCCUGUGUUAUGUGGCACUGGAUCCUGAAACCGAGCUUAUGCGGGCUAAGAAAAGCAAUGCUGUGGAGGCGCACUACGAGAUGCCAGACGGUCAGGUGUUGACCGUGAGCACAGAACGUUUCCAAUGCCCAGAGGCACUCUUCAUGCCUGAAUUGGUGGGACGAGAAAUCAAGGGCAUUCACGAGGUGACCUACGAGUCAGUGGAGAAUUGCGAUAUUGAUCUGCGUAAGGAUCUCUACUCUAGCAUAGUCCUGUCCGGUGGAAGCACGAUGUUUGAAGGUCUUGUGCCGCGCAUGCAGCAGGAAAUGGCCCGACUGGUGGCGAAGAACGUCAAAGUGAAGGUGAUCGGUCCGGAAGAACGCAAGUUUUCUGCCUGGAUUGGCGGUUCCAUUCUGGGCUCCUUGAACGCCUUCAGUGAAAUGAUCGUAACGAAGUACGAGUACGAAGACAUGGGUGCUGGAAUUGUGCAUCGAAAGUGUUUUUGA